AUGUACAAACAGCUGAACCUGUUGGCCAUUCAGCCCAUCAAACCUGUUCUGCCAUUCAGUGAUGUCCUGGCUGCCCUGUUGUCUGUGGAAAAGAAUGGGAAAUGUCUGAGCAAAUAUUCUCUUCAUCUUCAAUCAGAGAACCCCUACAGUCUGGAAUUUUUCAGCUCCGACGAGUCAAUCACUUACGAGUGUGGGACCUGUAUUGGAAACCUGUCCUUGAACGGUGGCACAAUCUCAGCUUCCACGACUGAGAGGUGCUGUCAGUCUGAUCUCUGUAACAACCAAACCAUCAUAGUCAAUUCACUUGCUUUCACUAUCAAAGGCUGUGCUUCUGAGAGUAUGUGUCAAAACCCAGACCUGUUAAAGGAUUAUGGAGUCCAAACACAGCAAGAGUUUUACUGCUGCCGAGAGAGUGGUUGUAAUCGGGGGAUUUCAGAGAACAGCUCAGCACAGACAGCAACACCCUCCAACAUUCUGACAGCUAAUUUCUAUUCCUCAGCGGUGUGGAAUUCGCCUGAGAAUAUGACAAACUCUGUGACGGCAGUUUACUACAGGUCGACUGAACAGACGCUCGCUGUGACACCUGUUAACUCCUUGUCAAACUCAACUCUCAGCUGUUUCUCCUGUGAGGAUCCAGAGGGUAUCUGUUUGGAGCAGCAGGUCUGCAAUGCGACUGGGAACAUGAGCUGCAGAACCAUCUUGGGUAAACUGAGUCUCAGUGGAGUCACCCAGACGGUUGUGGUUCGCGAGUGUGGGACCUGUGUCGGGAAUCUGUCCUUUAACGGUGGCAGCUUUUCAGCUUCUGUAACUGAGAGGUGCUGUCAAUCUGCGCUCUGCAACAACCCUAGCAUCACAGUACGUACUGAGCAGCCCCGCAUGUUUUAA